UGCUUAGUGCUUGUGAAACUAGUUUAUUUUUGAGCUCAAAAAUUCUUAAAUGGCAAUUAAAUAAGUGAAGGAAGUCUUUUCCGUAAGUUUAAGUUUAACUUAAUAAAAUGUGUACCAUACCACCGGCUCCUCCACCUCCGCCUGUUGCAUCCAAUAUUUUGCCUGAUAGUCAUUCAACCACAAAGUCUUCGUCAAACAACAGCCAUGAGUAUUCUAAACUCUGCGAAUGGGCGGGAGAAGAUCCAGAAUUACAGGAAGCAUGUACCAAGAACAACUUAGGCCUUCAUACUGUACCUUUCAAGCAUAAAUACAAUAAGUUUAAAUCUAUACUGCAAGUUGGGCCUACUUGUGGAUUAGUAGCUCUCUCUAUGUUAGUGAAUGGUGCAGUCCCUCCAGAUGAAAUCCUGAACAUAACAAAAUCGGAAGGAUAUACUUAUAAUGGAGAAAUGUUUAGUUGUAAAUACAUGGCCAAAAUAGUAGAGAAAGUAUUCAAUUUAGCAAAUAUAGAAAAUGUCAAGUGUAGCGUAAAAAUUGGAGGCCUUUUUAGUCCAGAAACUAUAGAAAAAUUAUUGGAAGGUGCUGUGUUAUUAGUUCCUUAUGAUUCGGACAGAAACCAUACCCCAUGCCUCAAGAAUGGUCACACAGCGCACUGGGCACUCAUCUGCGGAGUCAUCAUUCUAGAGGAACCUUCGGACUCUUAUGAAACAAAACCAGAAAAUGUUUACGUUUUUAGUCGUCACGGAAAGUCCAAAUAUCUAGCUGCAUGGAAGUUGAAAGAACUAGCUAAAAGUAACAGGAACUUAUGGGAGUUUUCUCCAAAAAGGGGGGCAGAGAAGUUGCCCUACUUAUUACCAGAAGGUGGUAUAGGGGGAACAAAUGGUUUAAGAAACCAGUUCCUCAUGUUUGAGGGGUUGAACUAGAUCAGUAAUUGUUAUUGUUGUUUUGUAUGUAAGUGUUAACUCUUAUCUUAGUGAUGAUCAAAUAGAAAUGCCUAACAAUUUAUUUAUAGGAAUGUUCAAUUAUGUAAUAUAGUGAAAUGUUUAUUUAGAUACAAUAUAUUUUAUAUAUUUAGAGUGAUAGAUUUU